CCUGAGGCUCGACCGUUCCUUUUGCUUUCCUGUGCUUUGAGAGCAACAACCCUGUGCUCUGCCUUUGGAACAGACCAAACACCAAAGCAGCAAAAUGAUCAUCUACAAGUGCAUCAUCACCAAUGAUGAGAUGUUCACAGACGCAUACAAAAUGAGAGAAAUUAAAAACAACCUGUUCUAUGAAGUUGAAGGAAAGUAUGUCACCAGGACAGAGGAUUUUGAUAUGGCUGCAACUGGAGCCAACCCCUCUGCUGAGGAAGGGGCCGAGGCCACUGAAGGGUCCUCUGCCUCCGGUGUAGACAUCGUCCUCAACCACAGAUUGGUGAAGACAGAUUUUAGUAAGAAGGACUUCAAGCUAUUCAUAAAAGACUACGUGAAGGCCAUUAAGGGCCACCUGAUGAACACCAAUCCAGAGAGAGUGAAAACGUUCGAGGCUAGCGCCAUAGAAGGAGUUAAGAUGAUCCUGGCAAAUUUCGAUGAGUACACGUUUUACACAGGAGAGAGCAUGAACCCAGAGGGCAUGGUGGGACUGCUGGACUACCGUGAAGACGGCGUCACGCCAUACAUGCUUUUCUUCAAAGAUGGUCUGCUGGUUGAGAAAUAUUAACUACCUGGAACUACAUCUGCUUCCCAAAUGGCCCCAGUCUUUAGCAGACUGAAGGAGCACUAUUUUGCAUCAUGCCUGAACAGAAACACCUUGUACAAUUUCUUAUAUAUAUAUAUAUUCACAUUAUGGCCAGAGCACAGUAGUCGCUGUUUUAACUUUUAUACAGUUUUUCACUUUUCUUUUUGGCUUUUGCAGUGUUUGAUUUUUGUUCCAGGUUCUGCCCAAGUUUUUGUGGUUUAUAAAUAAAAUAGAGGACAGUGAGUGAA